AUGGUCCGUAGUUUUAGCAUCAAAGUCCCCGCAUCCUCUGCCAACAUUGGUCCAGGUUACGACGUCUUAGGUAUUGGACUAUCGCUAUUCUUGGAAUUAGAAGUUAGUAUAGAUCCAAAGGCAGCAAAAGAUACCAACGAUGAUCCAAAUAAUUGUAAAUUGAGCUAUACUGAAAACAGUGCUGGUUUUGAAACCGUCCCUUUGAAAAGUGACGCAAAUUUAAUCACUAGAACUGCACUAUACGUUUUGCGUUGUAAUGAUAUCAGAAAUUUCCCAUCAGGUACAAAGAUAAAAGUUCACAAUCCAAUCCCAUUAGGUCGUGGAUUAGGUUCUUCAGGUGCCGCCGUAGUGGCAGGUGUUCUACUCGGUAACGAAGUUGGUCAAUUGGGAUUUACCAAAAGUAGAAUGUUAGAUUACUGUCUGAUGAUUGAGCGUCAUCCUGACAAUAUCACAGCUGCCAUGAUGGGUGGAUUCUGCGGAUCAUUCCUACGUGAUUUAACUCCUCAAGAGGUGGAAAGAAGAGAAAUUCCACUAGCAGAAGUUCUGCCCGAACCAAGCGGUGGCGAAGAUACCGGCCUAGUACCACCACUACCACCAACCGACAUUGGCAGACACGUUAAAUACAACUGGAAUCCCAAGAUUAAAUGCAUUGCAAUUAUACCCAGAUUCGAAUUAUCUACAGCAGACUCAAGAGGCGUUCUACCAAAGGCUUACACUACCCAGGAUGUGGUUUUCAACUUACAAAGGUUGGCCGUUCUCACAACUGCAUUGACUCUGGAUCCACCAAGUGCUCCUUUAAUCUACCCUGCAAUGCAAGAUAGAGUACACCAACCUUACAGAAAAACUUUGGUUCCGGGUCUUACUGAGAUCUUGUCAAGUUUGACUCCAUCUACUUUCCCUGGAUUGUUAGGUAUCUGUCUUUCAGGUGCUGGUCCAACCAUCUUGGCUCUAGCGACUGAAAAUUUCGAAGAUAUUGCUCAAGAGAUUAUCAACAGAUUUGCCAAGAAGAAUGUCGAAUGUUCAUGGAAAUUGUUAGAGUUGGCCUAUGAAGGUGCCACUGUAGAACAUUUGUAG